AUGUCCAGCCAUUUCGUCUCCGGGGGCAAGAUAGGUCCCACCGGAGAGCCGUACAAAGACGACAGCGGCAAGGCGUCACCCCAGGACGGGGGACAGAAACAACAACAGCAAGGGGACGGACAGCAGCAACAGCAACAACCAUCAGCACAGCGCCUCGCCAAGAACAUCGAGUGGGAAGCAGUGCAGAAGGAGCUGGACGCGGAGAGGAAGCGCAGGGAGGAGGCCCGGCACAAGGCCGCGUCCGGGGAGGAGAAGUCGCUGUACGACAUUUUGCAGGCGAACAAAGCCGCCAAGCAAGCCGCCUUCGAGGAGGCCAACCGGCUCAAGAACCAGUUCCGGGCCCUCGACGACGACGAGGUCCAGUUCCUGGACGAGGUGCGGGCGCGGCAGCGGCGCGAGGAGGAGGCGGUGCGGCGCGAGACGGAGGAGGGGCUGCGGGCGUUUCGCGAGCGCGAGCGCGAGCAGCAGCUGCUGCUGUCGGCGACGACGGCCGCUGAUGUGGGCGGCGGCGGCGGGGAUGCGGCCGUCGAGGAGGAAUGGGCCGCUACGGGGGGACGGAAGAGGAAGAGGGCGGGGAGGGAGAGGGAAAGGGAGGGGGGGUUGAAGGGCGUGAGGAGGAGGACGAGUGAGGGCGCGGCGGCGACGGCGACGACGGCGCGAGAGGGGCCGCCGGCUGGGGUGGUUGAGCGUGACAAGGGCGGCGAGACGCAGAAGGGGGCGGCGCUGGCGGCAAAGGAACCCGCGAAGAAGGCUUCGGUGCUGGUGGACUAUGGCUCGGACGACAGCGACGAGUAA